AUGCACAUCACUCGGUCUUCCAUUUUCACACUAGCCCUCAUUUUGGGCGUUACUCAAUCAACUACAUCCCAUCCAAUCCGAAUCAGCAAAUGGGUCAAGACAGAACAAUACCCAGAUCCAGAUGCUGGUGGAAUAUGGAAAGUCUUUGAGAAAGAAGGAUAUGAUCUAUUACCAGACCCACCACACGUCAAAUACAACGGGAACACAGCAUGGCCAACCAACCAAAACGACAAUCCAACAGAGCAAGACACACCAAAUGACCACUAUACAACAGGAACCUCCGAGUUGGGGAAACCAACGGUCUCAAUUCUGAUCCCAGCAUCCCCAGAAAUACCCGAGCAAAUACACACGCCCUACAUCCAACAAACAGAACAGAAGCAGGAACACCACUCCUCAGAAGACAAGAAGAGCUCAAUCAAUGCUACUCAGAGGCAAGGCCAGUACAACGAGAUUCUCCAAUACCUACGCACAAAGAACGCCCUAAACAAUGAACACAAACACACCACGCCUGCAUCUUUCUCCCACUCCUCAUUGGGACAUUCACCCUCUUUCUUUGCAUCCCGCUUCUCCUUCACGACUUUAAAAUCAAAAGCCAUGGCGUUCCCACAUUAUGACCCUCCAGGGGUCUUUACCACGGUUAUUAUUCUCCUAAUGGUGGUUUGGAUUGCUAUUCUCACCAUCGGCUUGCUUGAACUGGGAAAUUACCUUUGGAGACGGAGGGAAGGGGCGUUAGCUAGAGAGGGUGCUCAGGAUGGGGAUGUGGGCUUGGAUGAAACAUUGAAGGUGCCAUUGAGAAUAGUCAUUGCUCCUCUAGAAAGCACCCAGCCACGCGCCGUGGGAGAACAUGGCUAUGAGUUCCUAGAAUCUGUUUCUAGUGACUUUGAGUCCGAUUCGGGCUCGGAAUCCGAUGAGGAUGAUUAUCGCAUCUUUUGA